CUUGACUUUUUGAACUCAACUUAUUUAAUCUCAUCUUUCAACAACUUUUGAGAAGGAUUUACUUUAUUUUGGAUUCCCACCAUGUCCCCAAGCAAGAUAAGGUACAUUUUUCCUUGUUUGACUCUAUUUAAUUGCAUUAUCUUGCCCAACAUGUGUUGAUCGCUUAUAGUCUUUAAUGCCCAUUUUCUACUUGGAAUGACAUCUUGAUGGCAUGAGAUUGUUCUUCUUUUCUUUAAUGAACCCUCUAUGUCACUUUUGAUGCCUUGGUGGGUUGUGCCCAUGCAUUUAUGUCAUCUUCAACUACCACCCACCAAGUGUUUGUGAAAAGUCUCCAAUCACAUAAAGUUCAUUAUUUGCAUCACUUUGGAUUAAGCAUCAAUUUCAUUGAUUGGGGUGUUGGUCAUUGAUUGUUCCUACAUCAAUUUGGGGAUAUCCUUCUUACUAUUUUGGAGAUAUCUCUCUAUCCAAUUUCCCUCUUUUUCCAAGUUCUUAGUCACAUUCAAGUGUGGGGGAAAUUUAGAAGUUUCAUCACCUUAUUGUAACCCGAUUAAUAUUUAAUGUUGGAUUGAUGAUUUAUGCAUGUGUACCACAUGUUUUGAAGGAAUAUACAAGACUAAAGGCAUGACUCAUGGUGAGAGCUCUUCCUCUCGAACAUCUCGCCCUCGCCAAGGUCAAAAAAAGUACACAAGGAAGUCCAAAUCAAAGAAAGUGGUUGUAGAAGAAAGUCAUCCAGCAUAACAACUUGAUCAUCAAUCAAGGGUAGUUCCUCAACAUGAAGAAGGCGGCGUUAGAACAUAUCACUCACUACUUUUUAGAGCAUGUACCCGAGCAAUUCAAGAGCACACUUAUGUGGCUUCAUGGGCUACUCUUAGGCGAAAGUACUUGUCUCGAUUGGAUUCUUUUCUCCCAAAUUGGAAUUGAAGAUGCAAUCUGCUCUAAAGUACAGAAAUUGGAAUCACUCAAGUUGCUCUCUAUUCAAGAACACAUAUAUCGGGUGCUUGUUCUUGAGUUUAUUAGUACACUCACUAUUCAAGACAUGAGGGGUGCCGCCGACCUUGAGGAUGACAUUCAGUUUCAACUCGGAGGAGAGUAUCGUCACAUGUCAAUCCGGGAGUUCACUAGAGGAAUGGACAUCUACCCGGCGAGCUUCAUUGAUUCACCUAAUGAUUUUGCCACCUUGACUAGGGAAUCCGACUUUCUUUGUUUCAAGGCCUUCUACGAGUCUUAAGUCGAGAAACCCGAGAGCCGACAAUGGGAUGUGAGACUAUCAAAAGCCAGUGAGGUGCAACCUGAGUAGUGGUCAUCCACCACGUGAUUGCUAGGUCAGUGGGAGGAAAGAACCGGAGCAAGGGUAAUCUCACCGCCCGAGACAUCACCCUAUUUCAUAGCAUGCGCCUCCCAUAAUCUCUCCAUCUUGAUCUAUCAAUCUUAUCUAUUUUCAAGCGUUACGAGACGGAUCACCGACUUCGGAGCUGUGCAAUUUUGAUUGGAUCGUAGAACCGUUCCUAUAUCCUUUGAUGUCUUGAAGUCGAAACUCAAGGUACUACAAAUGAGCAAUGAUGACAUUUGGGGUGUGCGGGGAUUCUCAUUUCCAACCACCAAUACAUUGGACAUGGGAGGAAGCAUAUUCCGUCUUCCAGAAGCUAGGAGGGCAAGGGACCAAAGAGGAUUGACAAUCGAGGAAGAUCAAGAGGAGAGCGUGCAUUAAGGAGGAGAGGUGCAUAUCCGCACUUUUCAACCGGUUCACCCACCGAGAAACAAUGCAAGAUAUCAUAGAAUUGAGGCUAUGAUAGCGGAUAUCCUUCACAACCAAAGAAGGGAGAAGGAAGAACUACUUCACAUCAUGGUGUGCAUCCACGCGAUCAUGGAGAAGAUGAACAUUCUGAUCAAAGAUAUAUCGGCCACAUUCAACCGCUCCUCCCCUUCCGCACUUUUUCACGAUGAAGAAGAUGGACCCUCAAAGGAGGAAUGAGUUCUAGGCAUCCGGAGCCUAAGUUCUAUCUUUUCUUUUUUUUUUCUUUGCUUUUCUUUAUUUAAAUUAAAACAAUGUUAAUUAUCACUUUAUUUUCAUUUUACCUUUCAUACCUUAAAUAUUCUAUCGUUAGGAGUAGUAGUACUUAUUAUAUAUAUAUAUUUAUCGUACCUAUAACUCCUAUUCGUCUUCCUCUCUAUCUUAUGCGCUUUAUCGUUAUGAAAACCACAAGGAAGAAAAAGACUACACUUGUGAACCUUCACCAACCCACAACCCGACCUAUGGUAACAUUCACAUUCUUUUCUUGGCGAACUCCCACAUUGAAGACAAUGAGUUGCUCAAGUGUGUGUGUGUGUGUGGGGGGGGGGGGGAUGUUUGUGCAUGUUUUAAUGUUUAUCAUGAUUGGUGCAACCAUUUAUUGCUAGUAUACUCCCUUGUUCGUGAAUGUAAGAAGUUGAUGAAUGCUUAUGGGAAUGUAUGCUAGUGAUCAUGCCUUUGUUGUGGUGAUGAAUAGGGAAAUAUUAGUGUUUUUGGAACCUUGAAUGCACACCCAAAAAAUUUCAAAUUUGAGGGUUCCAAAGCACCUUGCCCUUGCAAUUAACCAUUUGAUGUGCUUUGAUUUGACUAGAUUGAUUGAUGUGUUGUGCAUCUUAGGUGACAAUUGCAUGGUUUGAGUAUCGGUACGUGAGGGAUUUUACUACUUUCCUCCUCUAGUGUGAGUCGACAGUGUUUGCUAUCUUAGGAAGGCAUUGUGUGCUAGAUCCUCUCCCUUUAUGUGAACAAGGAACUUUUUCAAUUUGUCCUAAAAAUUUGAAAAGAGGUUCUCACGUGAGUGGCAACUGGGAAAAGAAUUGAGAUCAACCGUCAAAGGAUUGUUCUCUUGGCUCGAAGUGCCCGUCGAGGAUAUGUUUGAGGUUCAGAUAGCUUUAUUGCAUCCAGAUCAUCUCUUACUACUUACCAUCACCCAAAUGCCUCUCCUCCUCACGGAAUCAUAUGAUAAGGACCAAAGGUACCUUUUUGCGAUUCAUGAUACCUCAUAGCUCUCGUUUGUAUCCAACAUAUGUGGCAACCCAAUGUGGAGUGCAUGCUGGGACGUGGUGCUCGGGCUAAGACGAAAUUGACCAUCAAUUUCCCCACAUGCGACCUUGAAACGGAAGGCUAUGGUUCAUCCGCUCUUGUUCAUGAGGGAGAGAUGUUAUUAUGAAAUGAAAGAGAUUGCAAGAGUUCGGUGCAAUGUGCAUGAACGGAGAAAAGGAGAUAGAAAAAUGACAACUCCUACACCAAAAGAAAGAAUAAAAGCACCGCUUAUAGUUAUUUUAGUCGUUUGUUGUCGGAGAAUCCCCCGGAGUACAUUUUGAAUGAUCGACCUAAGGAAGUAGAUAUGGUCCUUACACGAUAGUUUGUGCUUGCACUGUAUAGGAAGGUAGUACCGUUCAUUCAUACCUAUAUACUCUUCUCUAUGCAAUGAAGAACUAGCGUGCAUGCCUCAUUGAUUUGUCUAUCAUAUUGCAUUAGGUUUGAGUAAGUUUGCUUGGCGACAAACAAACACCUAAGUGUGGGGGAGUUUGAUAACACCAAAAUCGGUGUUAUUUACCCUCCAUCUUAGAGUAUGUUUUGUGCCAAUUCAUGUGCUUAAGCGUUUAAACAUUGUCAAAUACAUUCCUAUUUUGUUCAUAUUUGAUUUUGAUGUGAUUAUGGGGUGUAUUAGUCAAUAUGUGCAAACUAGGUACAAAACAAGGUCACAAGUGUAGAAAAUGGGCAAGGAUCAAAGAUCGUGGCCUAGAAGCCAAAGAUCACGGUCGGGAUUUCUAGUCGUGAAGACUCGCUGACGAUCGCAGCCCAGAAGCCAAAAAUCGCGACCGCGAUCUUGGAUCCCUAGGGCGUGAACUUCACGAGGAAGGAGGCAUGGAUGAGUAGAGACUUUCCCCAAUCGAAUCAAGGCCAACGUGCAAAAUGCACGGGAGGAAAAUCACGGCCGCGACUCAAGGAUCGUGACCGCGAAGUCAAGCCGCGAUCUCCCGCGUACUUAAGGCCUCGACGACAAUGUUUUGAAAUCACGGCUCAAUGACCAAAGAUCACGGCCGCGAUCUCCUUGCCUCAGGCCGCAAACUCCCCCGAAGCAGAAUUACCUAUAAAUAGAAGACUCCUUC